UCUUUUAUGAUUUAUUAGCUGUUGACAAAUUUUUGCCAGUAGAAUCCGUAAGCCACGCCUGAAGUAUAACAUGACGGAUUAUCGAAGAAAGAGUACCGUGCGCGAUGCAUUUCGAAAAAGUAUAGCCGUGAAGACAAGCGCUAGAGUUGGAAAAUUAAAGGGCAAAUAUUUGUUUCGCGCCGCGGUGAGAUUGGUCAUUCAGUACAAAGAAUGGAUCGAAGAUGUGUCCGAGGAGAAAAUCGGCGACGACGUGACGGCCAAUGUCAAAUUGGCGCAACGCAAGAAAGUCAAAUCGGAGGACGAAGAGCUGACCCUCAAAGAUCGGGCGGUUCUUCUGACAGCGCCGGACAAACGCACGAAAGAAGACGUGGCUCACAUCGAGCGUCUUUUGCGCGACAUCAAAGCUUUCAAAAGGUAUCCGGAAAAGGUUCGAGAGUCUUUGGCUUCAGAAUGCGCUUAUCAAUACGUGCCCGCGGGUAGAACUAUUACACGGCAAGGACACGAAACCAGAGCCUUGUAUUACAUUGUCAAGGGACAGGUGCAAAUUUUCAAAGACGAAGCUGACAGCCUAACCGGUGAACUUCGACGAAUCGACGUUGGAAUAUUAGUACCUGGGGAUGUAUUUGGCGAAAUCGCCCUUCUGCACAAGAUCCCACGGACCGCAACUGUAGUGAGCAAAACCGCCACCGACUUGUUGAUCAUCCAAAAACGGGCGUUCAAUGCGCAUGUGAGGAGCGUACUUUUGGAAGAAUGGGCCGUAUUGAAGGACGCUCUGGUUAAUUUCAAUUAUUUCAAGGGAUGGACUGACGACACCAUGCUAGAAUGUUGUAUUUUAAGCAAGAUCGUUACUUUCAAACCUAACGAGAUUGUUCUGGGCGACGGUAAAGGCAUGAUCCAUUACGUAUACUUUUUACUGUCUGGAGAAUGCCGUUUGAUCGAGCACAUGUUGAUUGAAAAACGACGAGUAGGAAAAACAGUAAAGUACAAGAUGUUCAAGUCGGACCAAGAUGACGUCAAUCCUCGUCAGCGUGUCGGACGAGCCGCAAAAAUUGAUCUUUCCGAAAGUAAUCUACAAAGUCUGAUUAUGGAAAGUGUUCCUGAAUUGCAGAAUACGUCUGACGUGGCAAAUAGAGAACCGUCGUCGGCAGCAGAUUACAUCAAGAUGGUAUCUGAGAAAAAAUCCAAUACCGCUAUGGAUCGACUCAGCGUCACAACUGUCACACUUCAAGACGUUAUUAAUCAGUGGCACGAGAUAACCGAUACGGUGGAAAUGCUCAUGAAAAAGUUAUCUGUAUCGAGUUUGCGUAGGUAUCCUCCGCACGUCCAGACUGUGUUCAUGCAGAUUUGUAUCUUCUAUCGGGGAGCUUGCUUUGGCUUAGGCGAGCAGAUGAAAAACCGCAGAAUCGUAUCGAUCACGGGCACCAAGUGUUUGUUAAUUCCACGUUAUUGGCUUACCCAGCACAACCGAGCGAAUAUCUGGGAAAGAGUCAAGCACUUUAUGAACUCCAAGUUACUCGGAGAUAAAGAACUGUUUCGAAAAUAUGUUGAGAAUCGAAAGUGGGCAAAAUACAGAAGAGAAUACUGCGAAAAUGUCUUGACGAACGGGCGAAUCAUACCAAAUGAUAAUAAAAUCUAUAACGUGCCUUACUCAAUUAGAAUUAACGAAAAUAUUGUUGACGAGUAA